GAUGAAUAUUUGUGAAAUAUAGAAGAGAAUAGAAGUCACCCAAAAUCCUUUCUUCUGAGAUAAACACCACUGUUGUGAUUUUGUUGAGCUUCCCAAUCCCUCUUCCUCCUUAUCCAGUUGAGAUCACAGAUGCACUGAUGCUUAAGCACAAUUAAUUUGGUUUCCUGGAAUUUUUUAAAUUGCCCAUGACUGACCAGGAGGUCCCAUGGUCCUGUCUUGGGAUAAAGGAAUCUUCUGGACCUGGAGCCAGAAACUCAUAGACCUGAAUUCUUGGAAUGCUGACUGGCCAAAGAGCACAAAUGACAACCAUUUUCAAGUCUUGAUCAAGCUCCUGUUCACAGCUGGGCACCCUUGCAGGGUGGAGAACCCAGGUCAUGUCCUUCAGGAGAUGAAAUGUUUGGAGAGAGGCACAUCAUGAGACUGCUGGCCUUUGUGUCCACUGAGUCAGGGACAGACAGUUGGUGCUAUAGAAACCCCAGCAGGGAAAGGCAAGACCAGUGUGAGCUGGGGCAGUUGGCAAAGGCUUUCUAUAGGAGGUGUGACAUCAGCUUAAGCUUCUCAAUAACACAGACAAACAGGAAGGAUAUUCCGGGGCGUGGGAGACACAGCAAACAUCCAGAGCCAGUGUGAUAGGUGGGGAAACAGAGAUGACACAGCACCUGCACUUGGUGGGAUGGAAGCCAUCCCAGUACUGUGACGCCUCAUGGGACCUUGUCUUAUCUUCAUGGAAGUCUUAUAAAGUAGGCAAGGCAGCAGCAGAAAUAUUAUGUAGACAUGAAAUCAACAGAAAUAUUAAGGGAUUUGUCCAAAGUCACACAGAAAGUGAGUGGCAGGUCUCCUACCUCCAGUCCCCAAAUCAGAGUUCCUCCCAUCAAACCACACUCUUCGCAUAAACUGAAUUCUGAGAAUGGCCACCAGAACGAACGCAUUCCCAGCUCAGUCCAGGCUGAGCUUCUCCUACAGCUUGUGUUUGUUCCCCGCAGAGAGCAGUGAUGAAGUCCAGCACCCCAGAGCAACCAGAAAACAUCGACGGAGCCUGGGGGCUGGACACCCCCAUGGGAACGGCUCACCCGGUCCUGGGCAUGGGGAGCCUGACGUUUUGAAGGAUGAGCUUCAGCUCUAUGGAGAUGCUCCAGGAGAGGUGGUACCCUCUGGGGAAUCAGGACUCCGAAGGAGAGGCUCUGACCCAGCAAGUGGAGAAGUGGAGGCCUCUCAGUUAAGAAGACUGAAUAUAAAGAAAGAUGAUGAGUUUUUCCAUUUUGUCCUCCUGUGUUUUGCCAUCGGGGCCUUGCUGGUGUGUUAUCACUAUUAUGCAGACUGGUUCAUGUCUCUUGGGGUCGGCCUGCUCACCUUUGCCUCCCUGGAAACCGUUGGCAUCUACUUUGGACUAGUGUACCGCAUCCACAGCAUCCUGCAAGGCUUCAUCCCCCUCUUCCAGAAGUUCAGGCUGACAGGGUUCAGGAAGACUGACUGAGGCCACUGCCAGGCGGGCAGCAGAGGCAGGCCCCACUGUGACCACCACUGUGACACCUGAGCCCACAAGGACAGACCGGCAUUCUGAGAGAUGCGCAGGAGAGCAAGCCAGACCAAUAAAAAGAACGUUUUUCCUUCCA